CAAUACUGUGCAUACUGCCCAUAGAUUUCAUUUUCAAUGUAUGCACUGCCUGAUCGGAAGUGUGCUAGUAUUAAUUAAAGUCCACUCCAAAGAUUCAGACUCAGACCAUUAUCUAUACUCAGACACCCCAUGAAUACUAGGCCUAUGGACUACUGGAGAAGGUACCAUCUGGGUGAGCUACUUUAUAAGAAUUCUCGUCACAGUGGCAGUGUAGACAAAAUUAAGAAACUGUUGCAGCAAGGUGCUCUAGUGAAUUGGAGUGACGUUUACAGUGAUGAAUGGACAGCCCUCCAUGAGGCAUGCUACGUCAACAGAACAGGUGUGGUGAAGGUUCUCCUAGAGUAUAAGGCUGAUGUCAACCAGCAGACUGAGUUUGGGUAUACAGCUCUACAUUUAGCCUGUUACUGGGGUUCCAUUGAGUGUGUGAAGUUGCUGAUGGAAACAAGACAGUGUAACCUAGGUAUAAUGAACAGACACGGAAAAACCGCCUUGGGAGAGGCUAUUCAUGGUAGGAGGCUGAAUAUUGUCAAGUUCUUCAUCAAUGUGUGCAUUGUGGAUGUUAAUGGUCCUGUUACCAAGAUUGGAGACACAGCACUAGGACUGGCUGUUCGUGAGGAUAGUCUUGAUGUCAUCAAGUACCUUAUCAUUGAGUGCAGUGUGGAUAGUACAGCUCCUGCAACCAAGAGUGGAGACACAGCACUAGGACUGGCUGUUCGUGAAGGGAAUCUUGUUGUCAUCAAAUGCCUUAUCACUGAGUGCAGAAUCGAUUUUAAUGCUCCUGUCACUAAGAAUGGAGAUACAGCACUGGGACUGGCUAUUUGUCUAGAAAAGCUUGAUCUAGUCAAGUACCUUGUCACUGAGUGUGGUGUGGACAUUAAUGACUCUUCGAUACAAGGAGGUAUACUGAAGCUGGUUGUUGAUGCUGGUGAUGUGGACUUCCUGAGAGUUCUUGUCAGUGAAUAUAGUGUGGAUGUAAAAGCUUCUAUAACAGAGAGUGGAGACACUGCACUAGGUCUGGCUGUUCGUAAGGAGAAACUUGGUGUCAUCACGUUCCUUGUCACUGAGUGCUGUGUGAACGUUAAUAUUUCUGUAACCGAGAGCGGAGACACAGCACUAGGGCUGGCUGUUCGUGAGGGGAAAAUUGAUGUCAUCAAAUACCUUGUCACUAAAUGCAGUGCAGAUGUUGAAGCUCCUGUUACCAAGAUUGGCGACACAGCACUAGGACUGGCUGUUUGUGAAAGGAAGCUUAGUGUCGUCAAGUACCUUGUCAUUGAGUGCAGUGUGAAUAUUAAUGACCCUGCACUUUUACUGAAGCUAGUUAUUGGUGCUGGUGAUGUUGACUUCCUGAGACACCUUGUCAGUAAAUACAGUUUGGACGUUAAUGCUCCUAUAACCGAGAGUGGAGACACAGCACUAGGACUGGCAGUUCUUGAGGAGAAGCUUAGUGUUAUCAAGUACCUUGUCACUGAGUGCAGUGUGGAUGUUACUGAUGACUUACUGCUGCGAGCUCAGAUGCAUAAAUCCAUGGCAAUAUUUCACUAUCUCCUCACUGACUGUCACUGCAACCCCAACAUCAAAGAUGACAAUGGGCAGACACCAUUGGCCCUAGCCAAGGACAGUGAAACCAUUCAGCUGCUUCUAAAGAAUGGGGCAACUUCUCAAGAUGUGUAUACUCACCAUCGCAAGACUCUAGGGAAUGUCUUCUCAAAAGAUAGUCUGAUUAACCCAGUAAAAAUGUUUGUCAUUGGUCACGGUGGUGAAGGCAAGAGCACUCUUAUAGAAGCAAUGGAACAUGAGCCUACCAUUUUCGCCCCAUUCGUGAAUCUCAUUAUCAAACCCAGGAAAGUUGAGGGAGUGAGCCAAAAAACAGCCGGAAUCAUCCCUCGAAUAUUCAAGAGUCGAUUCUAUGGAGAUGUUCAAUUUCAUGACUUUGCCGGACAGGAAGCCUACUACAGCAGUCAUGCCGCCAUUAUCAAGUCAGCAGUCGACACUUGUCCCCCUAUCUUUGUGACUGUAGCCGGUCUCCAUAGAGAUGACACCAUCACCAUCGACUCUAUCUCCUACUGGUUGGGGAUUGUUGCCAACCAAUGUACCAAUAUUGAGGGCAAAGCGCCGCUCAUUGUAGUGUGUAGCCACGCUGAUUUGGUGUCAGACAAGGACGAAAUCGGCAGAAAAGAACGGGUCAUCUCUCACACAGUUGGAAAAUUUCCUGCAUUUGAUUUAGUUCAGAUUGUUUCAAUGGAUUGUCGUUUUUCGAAUUCUAAUGGUAUGAAGACGUUGAGACGCACUGUAGGUACUAGUUGUGAUUUGAUUCGAUCCAGGUUGUCUGUGAGCCUCAAUUCUCACAUGUUUUUGAUUUACCUUCUUGACAAGUACUCCAAUGAGAUUACUAUCAUGCUUGAAAACCUUCAACGAAAAAUUUUAUCCGACCUUAACUCUCAACGAACAACUGUAAAGCAGAAGAAUGCUCUUUCUUUCAUUCCAACAACCAUCCCUCGUCUUGUUGAGAUCUGCAUCCAGCUGAGUGACAACAGUCACAUUCUUUUUCUACACAACAUCUCAUCGCCUGGCAAAAGCUUUAUUGUUAUUGACAGAAUAAAGCUCUUGGCCGAGAUAAACGGAACAAUGUUUGCUCCAAAGGAUUUCAAGCAACAUUGCGACCUCGCCACCAGCACUGGCGUAGUGCCACGAUCCAAGCUUGCUGCUCACUUCCCCAACUUCAAUAUUGAUAUUCCGAUUGGGUUCUUGUCCCAUCUCGAGCUUGCUGUUCCCAUUGAAGACAGUGAAGUUCUUGUUCUUAUCAAUGAGCACCUGUCCUCAACUAGCGAGUCCACUGCACAUUCUGAAGACGGCUAUGUCUUUUGCCCAGCUCUGAUUCGAUUGGCAGUUCCGGAUUCAGUGUUUGAGCAUUUAAGUGACCACGUUUACCACUUUUGUUGGAUCUUGUCCUGUGUAGAGAGUACUGACUUCUUCGAUGCUCGAUUUCUCCAUGUUCUCAUACUCAGAAUAGCUCUUUCAUUUGGCCUUGCUCCUGAAUUAGCUGUAGAUGCUAUCCCUGCUAUUCAGCGUCGAUGUUCCGUCUGGACCACUGGUGUUUGCUGGUGUACUCCACAGGGGGUUAAAGUGCUUGUCGGGGUGGUUGCUAAGAAAAACGUGGUGGUCCUUGUUCAAGCACAUGAUUUCUGUGUUGAGGCUCUUAAGAUGCGAUCAACUGUACUUAAUAAAGUGAGAGACACGGCCCGCGAAUUGUGCCCUACUAUCACAUCAAGAGAAUUCCUGCUCCCUCCGAAUGAUGUAACCUACCCCCUAGAUUUUUCAAAAUCAACUAGGAUAUUCAGUCUUACCUGUGUUGCACUUACGACCGUCAACCAAGAGGGAUUUGUUGUAUCUACCACUGGUGCUGAGAAUAUACGAUUGAUUGAUCUUCUCACAGCUGAAGUAUACGUUGAUCUCGGUGAGAAUAUUAUUCAGCCUCUAUUUAAUGAACGCGACCCAGUACACAACACGAAAGUUUCUGAUCGAUUUCUCUCAGCUCUUUCAUCAUCUUGGAGCAAGAAUCAUCAACUGGUAGGCAUUAUCUGCUCAGCCUUUGCUAAAGAAAGUGAUCUGACCACACUUCGCAGCAGUGAUAAUCUGGAAGGUAUUCUGAAGGCUUGGAGAGAUAAAAACAAUGCCAGUUACAAGUCUCUUCGACAAAUUCUUGACCCACUCAGUGUAUUUGCUGGGAGGAACCCUCUGGAGCUGGCAGGUGUUCCUCUAAUGAAAUUUUCAGAAAUCUCUUUGCCUCCAUCACCUCCGAAAGUAGCCUGUAAAUUCACCAACACAAGUGGUGAGCUGGGAGGUAGUUUAACUAUUGAGGAUCUGAAGAGGAGGACUAGGGUCAAUGACACCCUGUUGGACACAGAGAUCAUAGAACACGACCUUCAACUCCUGGCUGGAUGCUUCGACAAUGUGGAUGACUAUCUCGACCAACUAGGACUGACUGCUGGUCAGCAAACUGACAUCAAAGACCUUGCCUAUCGACAAAGUACUCAGUCGGCAAUGAGAGAAGCUCUGAGGAAAUGGCGUGAUCGAAACCUCUAUGCUGCCACAUUUCGAGCACUAGUGAGUAUCUCACUUCACUUAAGUAAAGGAGUUGUAGCCAACGAACUGUGCAAGUACAUAGCAGCUAACGUUUCAGAAAGUGCAGACACUCAUUAAACAUCAUUCAUAUGUGGUUUCCCUAUAUUCUUGUAGCCUGUAUUAAUUAUCAGGAGAUUGAUUGUGAUCCUCAACUUACA